CCAACCUUGCGCGCCCUCGCCGACCCUCCCUUUCUCGUGUCGCUCCUCCCCUGCCAGCCGCGCUCGGGCUGGACUGCGCCUGCCGCCGCUGGAGCUGGGCCUGGCCGUCCCGCGGCGGUGCCACCUCUUCCGCUUUGGGCUCCCAACGCCUGGCCGGGGCCGAGCCGUGGGCCGCGGGGGUCCUCGGGCCUGGGGGCUCCCCGGUGGGCGGCGCCGACGGGGUGCGCUCGGUCCUUCUCCGCGGACAACUUGUAGAAGAAUACAUGUUCACUUUCAGUAGACAAGAGCAUGUUCCCAAACUCAAUUUUGGGUCGUCCACCCUUUACUCCAAACCAUCAACAGCAUAACUUCUUUGCCCUGUCACCAACUCUUUAUUCACCUCAGCAGCUUAUAGAUGCACAAUUCAACUUUCAAAAUGCAGAUUUGUCUAGAGCUGUGUCCUUACAGCAGCUGACAUAUGGAAGUAUCAGUCCAAUACAGACCUCAGCGUCUCCAUUAUUUCGAGGAAGGAAGAGAUUAAGCGAUGAAAAAGGCCUUCCUCUUGAUGGUAAACGGCAACGUUUCCAUUCACCUCACCAAGAACCAGCCAUAGUUAACCAUAUAGUGCCUUUGUCAGCUGAACGAAGAUUCUCAAUGCCGCCAUUGUUUCAUACACACUAUGUUCCAGAUAUAGUCAGAUGUGUUCCACCUUUUCGAGAAAUACCACUUUUAGAACCUAGAGAAAUCCCUCUGCCUGAGGCUAAAGAUAAGUUGAGUCAGCAGAUAUUGGAGUUAUUUGAAACAUGUCAGCAGCAAGUAAGUGACUUAAAGAAGAAAGAACUCUGUCGAGCGCAGCUGCAGAGAGAAAUUCAACUCUUAUUUCCACAAAGCAGACUGUUUUUGGUGGGGUCAUCUUUAAAUGGAUUUGGUGCCCGGAGCAGUGAUGGUGAUUUAUGCCUAGUGGUUAAAGAAGAACCUGUAAAUCAGAAGACUGAAGCACGACAUAUACUUACCUUAGUCCAUAAGCACUUCUGUACUAGACUUUGUGGCUAUAUUGAGAGACCUCAACUAAUAAGAGCAAAAGUGCCAAUUGUGAAGUUCAGGGAUAAAGUCAGUUGUAUGGAAUUUGACUUGAAUGUAAACAACAUUGUUGGAAUAAGAAACACAUUCCUUCUCCGGGCUUAUGCAUACCUUGAAAAUCGAGUUCGUCCGUUAGUGCUGGUAAUUAAGAAAUGGGCAAGUCACCAUGAUAUUAAUGAUGCCAGUCGUGGUACUUUAAACAGCUAUAGUCUCGUGUUGAUGGUUUUACAUUAUUUACAAACCCUACCUGAACCCAUCCUUCCAUCCCUACAAAAAAUUUACCCAGAAUCUUUUAGUCCUGCUAUUCAGCUGCACCUUGUACAUCAAGCUCCAUGUAAUGUUCCUCCUUACCUCUCAAAGAAUGAAUCAAGUCUUGGGGACCUCUUACUGGGCUUUCUUAAAUAUUAUGCUAUAGAGUUUGAUUGGAAUACUCAAAUGAUUUCAGUUCGUGAAGCCAAAGCCAUUCCAAGGCCUGAUGGUAUUGAAUGGAGAAAUAAAUACAUCUGUGUGGAAGAACCUUUUGAUGGAACAAAUACAGCCAGAGCUGUGCAUGAAAAGCAGAAAUUUGACAUGAUCAAGGAUCAAUUUUUAAAGUCAUGGCACAAAUUGAAAAACAAAAGAGAUUUGAACAGUAUACUACCUUUAAGAGCUGCUAUCCUGAAAAGAUAACUCACCUCUAUUAAAUUCGUCAAGAAAUAAAGAACAAUAGUUAAUUCAUAAUGUAUAUUGUUUACCUCCAUCAUGUUUUUUUUUAAAUUGUUCUUGUUUCCAUGUUUCAUUUUUAUAAGGACAUACAUAAAGAUUGCAUAUUUUAUUAUGAUGUUUCCUAAUAAAAUUCUUUGAUUUAAAAAUGUAUUUUUGAAAAUGUUUACAUUGAUAACUAGUAAUAUUAUUACAUGAAUUUUCAGACAAUUAGAUAAAAUAUAUUUUGGGAAAUUACCUGAACAAAUGAAAGGUUUUGAUAUUACUUCAAUUAUUUGUAAAAGUUGUGUGACAUUUUGAAAAGGUUCUGAUUUAUACAUACUUAUUACUGUAUGACCUACAAUAGGUUGUUGUCUAUGUUGUUUUAGUAAAGUGAUGAUUCAAGUCGGUUAUUCAAUUACUUGAAGUAAAAUGAAAUCUUUUAUUUCAGUGAAAUCACUGGAGUCAUGAAAUACUGGACAGUUACCUUAAGUCUUCAUUUGACUCCUUGGACAGACUGAGGCUUUUAAGUGUGCCUGUACUAGCAUUUCAUCAGUAUUUUUCCAUGCUUUUGAUGGAUUCUUCCGAUUGCUUUACAUUUUAUGUUGAAACAACAAUAAGUACAUUUUCCACUUUUAAUGUGACCACUGACACAGCAGUUAGUAACUUGAUACUGGAUUAUUUUAAAGACAAGACAUUUGGAAAAGAUGAAGUCUCCUGUGCUCUGUGAUAAUAUAGUACAGCGUGCACUUUUUCUGUUUCCCUGCUUUUUCCCCCCUGUGACAAGAAGAAACAGAAACUGAAACAUCAAAGUUAAGAUCAUUUCCUGUUUGUAGAAUCAGAUUUUUUUUCUGUGUACAUUUACAGUAUUGGAAUUUAGUAUAUCUUUUUACACAAAGUAGAGGCUGCUGAAAAAGCUACAGUGUUUAUUGAAGUUUUUUUUUGAUUUUUGUAAAUAUUUGUGAAUUGUUACAUGUAAAUUUAAAUAUAAAAACUAAUCUCGAAAACAGUUUUAACUUUUUCAAAAGAACCGCUAACAACUUCUUUUAGACCUACUGUAGUACAAUUUGUACCUCAUGUAUUUUUUUUUUGCAGACCAAUUCAAAAGUUAAGCUAAAAAUUUUCUUUGACUUACAAAAGGUGCAUAUUUUCAUUUUAAGUUUCAUUUUUUGUAUGAUGUCAAAUAAAGUUUGUACAUAGAAAUAUGA